UUGUUGUUGUUUUGUUUCGAAGAGAGAGGUUGGCAGUUCCGUGUCUGGGACACUGUAUAAUUCCUGGGCUCAGAGUUAUUUCCAACAUGCCGGCUCUAGUUUUCUUUAAUGGAAUUGAGGGGGAUGGCUGCAACACUGUAGCAUCGUGGUCACUCCAGCCCUGACCACUGACCCGUCUGUUGACCUGUCUACUGACGUCAUAGACACACGACCCGACUGUUGACCCGUCUACUGACGUCAUAGACACACGACCCGGCUGUUGACUUGUCUACUGACGUCAUAGACACACGACCCGACUGUUGACUUGUUCACAGACUUCAUGGAUACACACGAGACAGGUGCACAUUUCCACGAGGAGAACGAGAACGUGCCACUGUUGGUGCGUGUUGACCUUUGCCCCCGCUCAUGUAGGUCAAUUGAUGAUGGCUCAUUACGUUUGUAACGACAAGCACAGACCACGGCAGAGCGCUGGGGUUCCCGGGGAGAUGAUUCCUGCUCUGUUUCUUGUCAUGACGUCAUGAGGAUCCUCUCCCAAACGUUGACCGUUCUCCUGGUGGCGACGAUGGUUUCUGUCUGUGUCCGCGCCAUUCCGUGUGACUCCCCGGGGACUACCAGGGACAAAUGUCACCACUUCUACGGCUUUCCGCGGGUCCAGGGCCAAUACUCGGACAUCCUCGCCACUUGUCGGAAGUACGGAGGCAAACUGGCCAUGCUGGAGACAGAGGAGAAAAGUUCUGCCUUCGACACGCUCUUCUCCAGCAAGACCAUCAUGAAGGAGGGAAGCCUGGUGUUCCUGGGCGCCAAGGUCUGGGACAACUGGCGAACGUUCCGCUGGGAGGAAGGACCGGCUCUCACCCACACCUUCUCCCCCUGGCAGACAGACGAGCCGUCCACUCAGCCGGGCAAGGACUGUGUGCUCACCAGACGACCCAGGAAGUGGCUAGCCGCCACGUGCAGUGUGCACCCCGCCAUGAAGCUGCUUGCCGCCUGCCAGUUCUGUAUGACGCACGCCGAGUGCAGCGAGCUGUGCCUGUGCCCAGACCUGGGGACGGCCAACUGUACCACGGCUCUGGGAUGUCCGGCCCGGUGUCUGCGCGUCAAGAAAGUGGACAGUUGUGACUACUCACCGUGUCCGGACAAGCGGUGGGGCCCCAUGUGUGAACUCCAGUGUAACUGUGCCGGGCCACCCUGCCCCAUAGACACAGGGAUCUGCCCGGGUGGCUGUGACCCCGGGUGGCGAGGAGCGAGCUGUAACCAGACGGCGUGUCCUCUGGGCAUGUACGGAGCACACUGCGACAAGCCCUGCUUCUGUAGGGCCGGCCAACAAUGCAACGCCUCCAACGGCGACUGUCUGCUGGGCUGCUUCCCUGGGGCGGGCGGGAACGACUGCACCCUGAGUCCGUGUGAUCCCGGGAGGUACGGGCCCACGUGUGAGUCGUACUGCAACUGCUACAACAGCACCACGGCGUGCGCGCAGGUGGGGGGUGAGUGCCUGAGCCGUGAGGGCUGUGCGGACGGCUGGGUGGGCCCGAGCUGUCGUCUGACGAGAUGUAACACGGGAAGAUUUGGGCCUGGCUGCGAGAGCUACUGCGUGUGUCACCUGGGCGAGCAAUGUGACGUCAACACGGGGGUGUGUCCAGGAGGAAAAUGCAGGGGCGGCUGGGAGAGGGAAUCCUGCAACGUCUCUAACUGUCAUGUGGGCACCUUCGGCAAGUACUGUAGAAAGGUCAGUAGUCUGGUCAAGGUCAAUAGUCUUGUCAAGGUCAGUAAUCUUGUCAAGGUCAGUAGUCUGGUCAAGGUCAGUAGUCUUGUCAAGGUCAGUAGUCUUGUCAAGGUCGGUAGUCUUGUCAAGGUCGGUAGUCUUGUCAAGGUCAGUAGUCUUGUCAAGGUCAGUAGUCUGGUCAAGGUCAGUAGUCUGGUCAAGGUCAGUAGUCUUGUCAAAGUCAGCAGUCUUGUCAAGACACAUUUACCACGAGCCACAAGUUCAGCGGCUCCACUCACCAGACACAUUUACCACGAGCCACAAGUUCAGCGGCUCCACUCACCAGACACAUUUACCACGAGCCACAAGUUCAGCGGCUCCACUCACCAAGUUCAUCAUGACUCGGAGAACUUCUCAACUCUCAAACAUUUCACAUUUGCCCCGCGGCAAAGAGUCAAUCCACACAGUUUGAUCCACAACAACAUGAGAUAG